AUGUCAUUACAGCUGUUGGAUCAGGAUUUUACCCUAUCUUCGCAACCUCCUGGUUGGCCUCACCACCCCCCAAAUCUGACUGAGCCUGGAAACCAUACACCAGGAAAGAUUUACCUUCAUUAUGCAGAGCCUCCUAGGGGUGUGGUAGUUGACCCUGCAGACCUGUUUUUUCUCAAAACUACGAAAUCUAAACCUGAACAAGAGACCCCAACUCAUAUUACAAAAUCACCUCGUGAAGUUGUAGAUCAAACUCUAGAAUAUAAAGAAGUGGGAGUACUUUCAGUUCCAGUUGAAGGUCAAGCUGAGUCUCCACCACCACCUAAUAUGUCAUUACAGCCUUUGGAUCAGGACCUCACCCUAUCUUCUCAACCUCCUGGUUGGCCUCACCAUCUUCCAAAUCCAAAUGAGCCUGGGCACCCUACACCAGGAAAGAUUUACCUUCAUUAUGCAGAGCCUCCCAGGGGAAUGGUAGUUGAACCUCCAGAUCUGUUUUUUCUCAAAACUACAAAAUCUAAACCUGUGCAGGUGACACCAACUCAGGUUACAUUACCUGCAAAGGUUGAAGCUCAUACUCCAGAAUAUAAAGAGGGCUUGCUUCCGGUACCAUUUGGUGGUCAAGAUGAUUCUUCAUCUCUACCCAGUAUUUGGUUACAGCCUUUGGAUCAGGAAAUCACCAUAUCAUCUCCUCCUCCUGGAGGAUCUCAGCAACCUUCAAAUCUGAAGGAUAGUAAAGAACAUGAGCCAGAAGAGAUUUUCUAUGACCAUGGAGAACCUUUAAUGGGAAUGGUAGUUGAACCUCUGGAUCUGGUUUUGCUCAAAACGACGGAAUCUAAACCUGUGCAGGAGGCCCCAGCUCAGAUUACUGAAUCACCCAAAGAGGUUGUAGGUCAAACUCUAGAAUAUAAAGAGGUAGUGGUUUCCUCUCUAGUUGAGGGUCCUGGUAAAUAUCUAACACCUAGUGUUUCAUAUCAACCUUUAGAACUGGGAGUCUUUGAAUCCUCUGUCCCCACUACUGAGGUUCAUCAUUCUACUAAUUUCAAUGAGACUACAGUUCCUUCUUCAAUUCAUCUUCAAGUCACAAGUCCACAUUUACACUUAACAUUUUCUGUAAAUCAACAACCUAAUACAGUGAUUAAACAUUCUGCCCGAAUGAAGGAGUCUCCAGCUCAGCCUUUAGAGAUUCCUAUGGAGACUGUAGCUCAAUCUGUCAAGCAUUAUUCAACAGUUUUAACUUCAGUUUAUCUUGAAACUCAACAUUCAAAUUUAUCAUCUAUAGCGACUACACAUUCUGAAGUCCUGACACCUACAGCCUCUUUUCCAGAGGCUGUACAUUCUGAAGUCCCAACAACCACAGCUCCUUAUCCAGAGGCUAUACAUUCUGAAGUCCCAACAACUACAGCUCUUUAUCCGGAGGCUACAUAUUUUGGAGUCUCAACAACUACAGCUGCUUCUCCAGAGAUUAUCCAUUCUAAAACCACAGAGACUACAGGUCCUACUUUGAAUUGCUCUGGGAUAACAGGUCUACCCCCAGAUCAGGUUGAGAAACAUUCAAGUCCACCUGAAGUCACAAUUCAAGUUUUGAAAAUUGACUCUACCAUAACUCCAUAUUCUGAAAGUCCUAAUACAGAAAAUGAUUUAACUAUAGAAAAAAUUGUGUACAAUUACACCAACAUAUGUGACUUCUGCUUGUGUGAAAAUGAGACACUGUUGUGUGUUCAUCCCAGCCCAAAAUGGAGACUCCAGCAAGUGCCUGUGCCAAGACCCAACACCUACAAUGACACUUUUGCUAUCUUAAAUUUCAAAGGAAAUAAUAUUUCUUACAUUGAUAAAAAUGUAUGGAAGGUAUACCGUUGGACUGAGAAACUAAUUCUCAGUGAAAAUCACCUGACUGAAUUACAUAAGGAUUCGUUUGAAGGCCUGCUAUCCCUCCAGGUUUUGGAUUUAUCCUGCAAUAAAAUACGCUAUAUUGAAAGAGGGACAUUUGAAUCAUUACCCUUUUUGAAGUACAUGAACCUUGGGUGCAAUUUACUCACGGAACUGAGCUUUGGAACAUUUCAAGCAUGGCAUGGAAUGCAGUUUUUACAGCAGUUAAUUCUCAGCCGUAAUCCUCUCACAGUUGUGGAAGAUCCCUACUUUUUUAAAUUGCCAGCAUUAAAAUAUCUGGACCUGGGGACCACACAGGUACAGCUGACUACAGUUGAGAGCAUCCUCAUGAAGACUCUGGAGCUGAAACAUCUGAUCUUACCUAGCCACAUGGUCUGCUGCCUCUGCAAAUUUAAAGCUGAUAUUGAAGUUAUCUGCAAGACAGUCAAACUGCAUUGUUAUACUGGAUGUCUGACAAACACCACACAUUGUCUUGAAGAAGCAUCAAUAAGGAAUCCAGAAGGAGCAUUUAUGAAAGUGUUGCAGGCCCGGAAGGGGAACACCAGCACUGAACUCACCAUUGAACCAGAAAGGGGGAGCUCAGACAAAGAUUAUGCCAACUACUCCAGUUCCAUGGAUGAAAAGAUAGACUUCAGUGAUGAAAAUGAUGUUAUGAGUGCACUAAAUUACAUACUGCCAUAUUUCUCAGAGGGAAAUAUGGAAGACGUAAUGUCCUCAAUGUUACCAUACAUUAAACUGCUGUUUUCUCAUGAACAAGAUGCAGGUAAUUCCUUGGGAUCUUUGCAGAAGGACACAGAAAGUGUUCCUAUUACAAAUGAAUCUAAGUCCAGUUAUGUCACUUACAAAAAUAAAUUGAAUAAACUUUAUUUUUUAGAAAAUUUGUUAGACACAGAAAUUGAUGAGGUUCAAAAGGAAGAGAAACCUGGGAGGCACAAGGCAAAAUCUAAAAAUGUAGGUCCCAAAUUUAAACGCCGAAUAUUUGAAAAGAGAUGGGAACCUGCCCGGGCAGAGGAAGACAGUCUUGCAGAGAUUGAGAAGGCAGAGAGACAGCUCCACAGCAUGAGCAGGGUGCCCAAGGGGACAGGAAGCAUACAGAAAAGGCACUUCAAGCAAGCGAGUGGUAAGAAACCGUGGAGCAGGCAGAGUGUCCGGACACCGGUGGAGAACAUCUCCAAGGACAGACAGCUCGGGAGCCCACCCUCCACGGAGCUGCAGCAGCUCGGUCUGGAGCAGAAGCCCAGGGAGUCAGUGGGAAAUUCCUUCCCCUCAGAGCCCUUGCUCCCAAAGGAGCACGGGGAGGAGGUCUCUUCUUCCCCAGAACCGUCCCUGGUGGGCCAGGCUCCCACUACAAGAUCUCUACCUGAGUUCAUCGACAGACGAAAAGACUUGUCUUACACCAUUUACAUUUUAGAAAGUGCAAAUGCUAAUGUGAAGAGAACGAAGGGUUCUAACCCAGGUUUACAACCUGAACAGAGACAUCGAAACCUUAGGAAGAAAAAAUCUCAUUUCCAGUUGAUCGCUAAGAGGCCGGUGGCUUCCUCUGCAGUGAGGAACCUGGUCAAUUCCCCUGCACGAGGGGUCUUCUCGUCCUUAGGAGACCCGAGUUACCCAGAAAGGCCCUUUUCAGAAUUAUAUCCUGCUCCAGAGCCUUCUACAGAAAAGCCUCUUGACAGAAAUCCGGCUGCAACAGAUAAUGUUGGAGAAAAUAUUCUCAAACCAGCCAUCACUGUGUCUGAAGAAACUGCAUCAGAAAAGAAACCCGCUAAGAAUCCUGCUGCAGAUUCUGAUGUACCGAUACCCAAUAUACCUGGCUCAAUUCCAACUGUUCAGCAAACCAACAAGUCACAGUUACACUUCAUUUUCGAGUCUGACUCACACAACAACUUCAAAGAAGUUGCUUACCCAUCGCUGAUGACACCAGGAGAACAGUUUGAAUCUCAUCUCAACCAGCAACUGGGGGGUCUCAUCCCCAACAACGAUGUGAGAAGGCUCAUCUCUCAUGUUAUCAGGACGUUGAAGAUGGACUGCUCUGACAUUCAAGUGCAGCUGUCCUGUGCCAAGCUCAUCUCCAGAACAGGCCUCCUGAUGAAGCUUCUCAGUGAGCAGCAAGACUUCAAGCUGACCAGGGCCGACUGGGAUACAGACCAGUGGAAAAUUGAGAACUACAUCAACGAGAGCACAGAAGCCCAAGGCGAACAGAAGGGUCUGGAACCAAGUGAGAUUUCAAAAGAAGUCUCAGGGUUCGGCUACAAUAACAAAGUCAUCUUGGCUAUUUCUGUGACCGUCGUAGUAAUAGUUUUGAUUAUCAUUUUCUGUCUCAUUGAGGUUUAUUCCCACAGAACAAAAAAGGGAGAUGAAGAAAAGUCCACAUGGGGUAAGAAAUACAACAGGGAAGGAAAGAGUCAGGGAAAAAAUGUCAGACUAAGGUGGCUACCGACACUUAGAAAUGUAUUCAAACGUAACAAGGAAAGUAUGUCUGAUAUAGGAGCUAAGAUAUCUUCCGAGAAGUAUAGCACUCAGGAUGAAUUAUGGGGUAUCAAGAAAGAACCCUCAGUGACAAUGAAGAUCCCUGAAGAGGAAGACAGUGAAGUAGUUGAAGCCUCAGAAUGA